UUUACAUUGCGAUGUUUCUGGGAUCUGCUCACCAUCAUGGCGGGCAAACCAGCGCAGGGUAUAUGUGGACGUGGACAGGCCGGUACUAUUCUACUCUAGUGUCCUUGCUUACCACCCUCAAUGGUCGCCAUCUUGGUAUCGUAGCGGAAGAGGAGGGACCAACUUGAAAUGAUGGCGGCUGAGAAGCAACCCAUAGUGGUGGAAAAUAGUGAACAGAAGAAAAAUGUAAAUUAAGUGUGGAUUUUGGACAGCGCUACAUUGUCAGAAUUCGCGCCAUCUGGAACUAAGUACACAGUGUAAUAUAUGUACUACUGACGUAAGUAUUCCAUUUGAGACGCAACCAUUGGCUGCAGCACAGGAAAAGGAAACAAGACCUUCACACGUAAAAGGGGUUGGGCCAAUCUUGGGACGUGAAGAUUCGAUAUCAAGGAAUAGACAGUGACAGGGAAAAGACGGUGUUGCCGAUACCGACGCUUAGACCGAUACUUUAAAACCAUAAAUUCACCAUUGAACAUCAUUGAAUAAAUCUGUCUUUGUCAUGAUUAUAGUCCAAAUAAAACACCAACCAACGUAUUUGAUAUUAUAUAGAAGUAAAUUGUGUCUGUUUGAGCAGGAAACUACAAAAAACUCAUUAUAGAAAGUGUAUUGAGGCAGUUUUAACUAUUUUGCUUGAAGAAUAGUGAACUUCAUGUCCCAGAACCCCCGGCUGCAUUGGACCUGGCUGGACUCGCAGUGUCAGUCAUGGCAGCUCCUUCCAGAAACACAUGUGGGACCAGGGAGAGAUCCAUACUGGAUCGCGUACCGCCGCUGCUGACGGACUUGUACCAGUUCACCAUGGCGUACGCGUACUGGCGGGCCGGGCGGCACCAGGACUCGGCAGUGUUCGAGUUGUUCUUUAGAGAGAACCCUUUUUGUGGAAGUUUUUCGCUGUUUGCGGGACUCAACGACUGUCUGACCUUCCUGAGGAGUUUUCACUUCACAGACGAAGAUGUGGUUUUCCUGCGUUCCGUCUUACCGCCAGCGACUGAUCCGGCCUUCUUCCAGUUCCUGCGUGGUCUCGACUGUUCUGGAGUUACACUCCACUCUGUCCCAGAGGGCACGGUGGUCUUUGCCCGGGAGCCUCUGAUGGAAGUUGCAGGUCCACUGGCUGUUGUUCAGUUGCUGGAGACCAGUUUGCUUUGUCUGGUCAACUACGCAAGUCUGGUCUGCAGUAACGCCGCCCGCUUCCGCCUGGCAUGUGGCCCCAGGAGGAAACUGCUGGAGAUGGGUCUCAGAAGGGCUCAGGGGCCAGAUGGAGGGCUCACUGCGUCCAGAUACUCGUAUAUUGGAGGGUUUGAUCUGACCAGUAAUGUUCAGGCUGGACUGCUGUUUGGGGUCCCUGUUGCAGGGACCAUGGCUCACUCCUACGUCACCUCUUUUACCUCUUUGGAGGAAGUCUGGCCACGAACGCUUGUCACUGUGAACCAGGACCAUGACCCGGUAGAUUUAAUCUCUCUGACCAAGGGUUGGUUGGGUCGGGUGUGUGAGCUUCUGGGGGCGGAGCCUGGGAAGAUCCAUGAGGGAGAGUUGGCUGCCUUCCUGUCGUACGCCAUCGCCUACCCCCAGAAUUUCCUCCCAGUGAUUGACAGCUACAGUGUUACCUGUGGCCUGUUGAACUUCUGUGCUGUGGCCUUGGCGCUGUGUGAACUGGGCUACAGGCCGAUGGGAGUUCGAUUAGACAGCGGGGAUCUCUGCAAGCAAUCAGUGGACGUACGUGGUGUCCUAAGACUCUGCAGUGAGCAUUUCUCCAUCUCUGCCUUUGAUUCACUGAUCAUCGUUGGCACCAACAACAUCUCAGAGCAAACCAUGGUGGAACUCAACACGAAGGAGAACGAGAUUGACGUGUUUGGCGUUGGAACGCAUUUGGUCACCUGCACCAAACAACCCUCACUGGGUUGUGUGUAUAAGCUGGUGGAGGCUCGCGGGAGGCCCAGGAUGAAGAUCAGCGAGGAUCCGGAGAAGAGCACUGUUCCAGGAAGGAAAGCUGUCUACAGGCUAGUUGAUGCUGAUGGACAUCCUUUUCUGGACCUGCUGUGUCUGGCACUAGAGUCCCCGCCUGAGGCGGGACGUCCUCUGAGCUGCCAUCCUCUGGGCGGUGGUAGCACCUCUCUAUCUGUCACUCCAGCUCAAGUCAUCUGCCUUCGCCAGGAAAUGUUUACAAAAGGACAGGUCACACAGCCUUUGAGCAGCGCUGCAGAAACCAAAGCUCAAGUCCAGGACUCACUCCAGAGCCUGCACCCUCGACAUAAGAGGCUGCAAGAGCCCGACUCUUACACAGUGGCGCUAUCGGAGACACUACACACUCUGGUUACAGACCUCAGGAGAGCCAGUACAAAUAAGAGCAAUGUUGUCUUGGCCAACUAAAGAAAAUGUUUAUUGUUCUCAAAACCUGUCACGUGUGUUUAUUGAGACUUUACUGAGACAUUACACUUAAAUACAUUACACAAAAUACAUGACAAAUGUCUUCUAUGUGACACAUCCCC